GAAUCUCCCCCGAACGCGUGCUGGGUGACCUCGGCAGCUGCAAAUAGACCGCAGCGGCCACUCUCGCUGCGCCUCCGAUCUCCGAGGAAGAAGUCGCGCCCACUGCCAGAUCGUUGAGCCCUCUCUCUAGAGGCAGAUCCAGACCCCAGCACCAGCCUUCAAGUCCGGGCUCAAGAGUUCUCAGACUCUGCCCGAAGUUAGCCUUGCGUGUUUCUCUUUUUCUUUUCUUUUCUUUUCUUUUUCUUCUUCUUCUUUUUUUUUUUUGUUGCUGCAAUAGCACGAGGGCUAUUCCUGCGCCUAACAAUGAGCACCCAGGCAGCCAGAAUUCUCGCCUUUGUCGUCACCUUGUUCCAUUUAGCCAGACUGGCGCUCUCCACCUGCCCAGCCUCCUGCCAGUGUCCCCUCGAGGUACCCAAAUGUGCCCCAGGAGUGGGGCUGGUUCUGGACGGCUGUGGAUGCUGCAAGGUCUGUGCUAAACAGCUUAACGAAGACUGCAGUAAACUUCAGCCUUGCGACCACACCAAGGGUCUGGAAUGCAACUUCGGCGCCAGUUCCACGGCUCUGAAGGGAAUCUGCAGAGCCCAGUCCGAGGGAAGACCUUGUGAAUAUAACUCCAGAAUAUACCAGAACGGUGAAAGUUUUCAACCCAACUGUAAACACCAGUGCACAUGUAUCGACGGGGCGGUGGGGUGCAUUCCUCUGUGCCCACAAGAACUGGCUCUUCCCAAUUUGGGCUGCACCAACCCCCGGCUGGUCAAAGUGGCCGGACAGUGCUGUGAAGAAUGGGUGUGUGACGAUGACGUCGCCAAAGAUGCCCUGGAUGAGAUGGACGGUUUCAUGGGCAAGGGGCUUGGAAUAGGAGCCUCUGAAAUCGAACUCACCAGAAACAACGAGUUAAUUGCCAUCGGAAAAGGAGGCACACCUCUAAAACAACUUCCUGUUUUUGGAUCCGAGCCACGCAUCAUAUAUAACCUAUUCCAUAGCCAGAAAUGCAUUGUUCAAACAACUUCAUGGUCCCACUGCUCGAAGACUUGUGGAACGGGUGUCUCGACCAGAGUAACCAAUGACAACCCCCAAUGCCGCUUGGUUAAAGAAACCAGAAUCUGUGAAGUGCGCCCCUGUGGCCAGACAGCAUAUGGCACACUCAAGAAGGGAAAGAAAUGCAACAAAACGAGGAAAGCCGCCGAGCCUACCAAGUUUACCUUCGCAGGAUGCACCAGCCUUAAAAAGUACCGGCCCAAGUACUGCGGUAGCUGCGUAGAUGGGAGGUGCUGCACGCCCCAGCAGACCAGGACCGUCAAGGUCCGAUUCCGCUGCGAAGACGGGGAGUUGGUCACCAAGAACGUCAUGAUGAUCCAGUCUUGCAAAUGCGUCCACAACUGCCCACAUGCCAGCGAGGGCACUUUCCCAUUUUACAGGCUGUUCAAUGACAUUCACAAAUUUAGGGACUAAACGGCCCUUUGGGCCGGAGGGGGAAACUGAGGGGAGGCAGUGUCAGAAUCGGAAAUACCAAGACGCGUGGGGGUGGGUGGGAUGGGGGAGGGGGAAGGAACCCUAUUGUAGAAGUGACGCCUUGCUCAUUCUUGAGUCACCUUAAAGGUAUUUUUGAAACUUCCACGUGCACUGUGCAGAUGGACACUAAGGCAAACGAGAUUUGAGAAUACUUAAUGCUUCAUAGUAUUGGAGCACCUUUUUAUUGCUUCGUUUUGGAGCCUGUUAUGUCGACAACAUUCUGCUUUCUGUUUGUAAAUUAUUUGGUAAACAUAUCUCUCUCUCUCUCUAUGCCUUUUUAAAAAGAGAUGAUGUGAUUAGUGAGACACCUGAAGACUUUUUGACCCUUUUUCCAGAAGCAAAUUGGAGAAAUUUCCACCCUUCCCUGAUGUGGCACUCUGUGAGUGUAAGCCUGAGUGGCAGCUAUGAUGUACCAACUGCAUCUGAACUGCAAACAGAAACCAGCUGUUUUAAGACUGAAUGUUUUUAUUUAUCAAAAAAAAAAA